UGCUUUUGGCGCCAACGAUACCCGCGAGAUUUGAAAAAUUACACAAAAACCUCUCAUCUUUCUAUGAAACCCUGGAGAGAGAGAGAGAGAACAAAUGCUGCGAGAGAAAAUUCGUUUACAGAGAGAGAAAGAUGGCUAAACAUUCAAACCCAGAUACCCAAUUUUCAAAUUCUGAGGUUCUGGGUACUGCGAGCUCGCUUUCAUUUCCUUCUGAGCCUCCUGACAUCAGAAACUGGUUCUCAAGCUAUGUGUAUGAGUCUCCGGAAUUCAAUACAGGCGAUGAUUUCGAAGGCUAUCCUUUUAGAAGAAGUGAAUUUGUGGAAGAGGGGUUUAACUGUGAACAAAAGAGCAAAGAAAUGGAAGAGAAUUUGGGGGUAUUUAGGAAAAUUAGAAACAAGGAUGAAUUAGUUCUUGGUGAGAAAAUAGCUCCAAUUGGGUUUGUGAGAUCUAACAACGCUGCUGAAUGUCAUAAUCAGGGAAACAAGAACGCGAGUCAGGUUCUGGGUUCUUCAGAUUCCCUCUCACUUUCUUCAGAGCCUCCAGACAUUACAAGAUGGUUUUCAAGCUAUGCGUAUGAAUCUCCAGUAUUGGAUACAAGUGAUGAUUUCAAAGGUUCUAUUUUUACAGAAAGUGAAUGUGACAGGGUGGGGUGUAAUGCUGAAAACUGCAGCAAAGAAAAAGGAGAGAAUUUGACGGAGUUUAGAAGAAUUACUAAAAGGGAUCUAUUGGCUGCUGAUGAGAAGAUAUCUUCAAAUGGCAUUAUGAAAUGUAACAGCUCUGAUAGGGACAACGAGUAUGACCACCACCGGUAUAAUAGGAAGGACAUCAACGCUGUCAAAGGGAACAAAACGUCAUCUAUCAAUGACUUGCCUGUCAAAAUGAUUUCUGAACAAGUAUUGGAAGGAAAACCAACAAGAAAACAUAAUGUUGAUUCAACCCAAAAUGUUGAAAAAUCAGACUUAGAUGGUCAAGGAGAGAACAGAGAAGCAGAUAUCAUGUCAUUGAAUACCAAUAGAAGUUCAGGCAGGAACAACAGUUUAUCUCAGAAAAUGUUGACUCAUUCGAGGGAUUCUGUAGAUAAGAACCCUGCUCAGACAGAAAAACAUGGGGUUUUUGCACAGGUUUUGGAUUUGAUUGAAGUUAAUGGAAAUUCAAUAAGAAAACCAACUUGUGGAAGCAACGACAAAGAAAAUGAUGGAAAUAUGUUUGCAGAAAAUGGUUUCAUUUCAACGAGGAAUAACAGAAGAUCAAGGCCAAAUGAUGACAGUUCUUUGAAAAGGUUGAUGGAGGAUCAAUUUGAUCGGUUGAGAAGUAAAGCGACGGAUUCAUCAGUUGUUGACAAGGAAGCUAUUCGAAGAAGAAAGCCAUUAUCAGAAACAACCAAUUUCCAAAACACUGUUGUUUCUUCGGGAAUCACUGGAAAAUGGAAUUGUCCCCAGCAGAGUAAGCCGAAUCUUGGACCUCCUUUGAAGCAACUUCGACUUGAAAAAUGGGUACAUCGGGUAUGAAAGCUUCUGCUGGAGAAACAGAAGCUUGGAUUAAGUUAGGACAGUACUAUUUUAUAGUUUUUAAAUCCAGAUAGUGAAAUUCUAUGUUGUGAAGUCGUGGUCUGAUAUUCCUUGUAUGCUUGCAAUAAUUCAUUAUGCUGUUUGAUUUAUUCUGAUCAACAAGAUACUAUUAGGCAA